AUGUACGCUAACAAGGAGAACGCAUGGGACGGCUACACGGACGACCGUUUCUAUGGCGCCAAGCGCUUUCGCGAAUACUGGCAGCGCAUGCUGGCCGAUCGAGGCGUGCGGUACUACAUCUUCACCAUCAUCGUCCUCAUGAUGGCUGCCACGGCGAAGCUCUGGCAGAUGCAAAACUUACAGCGUGAGGAGAGCGGCUUGCUGGGGCCGCGGAAAAAGCAGUACCGCAGCCGUCUAACUAUCGUGCUCGACGUUGACGAGACUAUCGUAUCCUACGGCGACAAGGCGUUCCGUCUAAAGGCCGGGCUCGUUCCCCGCCCCUAUUUGGCGGAACUGCUUGACUACCUCACCUCUAUCGAUGCGGAGGUGGUGCUGUGGUCCGCCUCGAGCGAGCGGUACAUGCGGCAGGUGCUCGGCGUAAUCGAUCCGACGGGGGUGCGCGUGUCGCAAUACCUCGCGCGCGGCAGGGAGUGGUUCACACACGACAACUACUACGAGAAGAACAUCUUGUGGCUGAAGCGGCCGCUGGAGAACACCCUUAUCAUCGAAAACCGCCCCCUUUCAGUGCGCAACUGCAACGGGAACGCCAUCCUCGUAGACGACUUCAUCCGCGGCGAGUACAUGGACACUGGCCAGGACUACCCCGCGAACGACCACGCCCUGCGGACGAUCAAGAAUAUUGUGCAAGACCUUGAGACGAGCGGCAUGUCUGUGCCGGAGUACCUCGCGAACCACAAAGUGCGCAAUAGAGCGAUUAAGGAGAUUCCGUGCCACCUUGCAAUUCGGCAGCUGCCGGAAGAAAUCGCGCGAGGUGUAUUUUACUUUAUCGGUGAUAAGUACAAGGCCAAGUCCGACGCCACUUGA